AUGAAACGCACUUUCAAUUUGAAAAAACGUGAUAAAUUAUUGCUAUACUUUGAACAAGCUGCAAAAUCUUAUGGUAUCGCUGAAUUUAAUCGUCAUUUUCGCAAGAUCAAAGGAAAUGAUGAGGUUGCUCAAUAUCUUGAAAGUGCAGGAUUACACAAGUGGUCUAGAGCUCACAUCGAUGGAUGUCGAUAUAAUGUAAUGACAACAAACAUUGCGGACUCAAUCAACUCAGUCCUUCGGUUCGAAAGGAUGCUACCAGUGGUGCAUUUGAUUGAUGAAAUCAUCAAUCUGCUUGUGAAAUGGUUCAGUAAACGUCGUCAUUUUGCUUUGAAUUGUACAUCAACAUUGUGCCCUUACUUUGGCGAGAAGAAGCUGAGACACAGGUUGGAAUGUGCUUCAAGGAUGAAUGUCGUGAAACUGAAUCAUGUAGAGUAUAAUGUCGUGGACGGUGAUAUGGACGGCCACGUACAUUUGACGAAUAACACUUGCAGUUGUAGGAAGUUUCAGCUUGAGCAACUACCUUGCAAGCAUGUAGUUGCAGUGUGCCGUUUCUUGAAACUAAAUGUAUACUCUAUGGCUUCUCGUUAUUACACUCGACAUACAUGGUUGGAUGCUUAUUCAGAUACCAUAUACCCGGUACAACCUCAAGAGUUGUGGGUUAUUCCUGAAGAUGUCCAAAGUAGAGUUGUGCGUCCUCCCAAUGCAAAGGUCAUGCCAGGCCGACGAAAGAAGCUAAGGAUUCCUUCGCAAGGAGAGGAUAUCAUAAGGAGAAAAUGCUCAAGGUGCAGUGGCACAGGCCACAAUAAAAGCACCUGUAAAAACAAUGUUCCACUACUUAAUGUUGGACAUACAUUAUGA